AUGGCCCCUGUUUGGUCAUGGCUGGGCGCCUUCUUUGCAACCCUGCCAGUGGCUUUGGCAGGACAUGGCGACCCGAUUGCCCAGAAAUACAUUGUCGAGUUUGCUGAUUCCAAGGUUUCGUCGGUGGGCUUCCUUUCCACAUUGAAUGCCCAUGGGAUCCCUGCCACUCUCAACCUUGACUUGUCGUUCGCUCUCUUCCAUGGCGGCUCCUUUAAUCUUCUUGAUGACAAGAGUGAAAUUGCCAUCGUCAAGGAAAUCUCAUCCUGGCCUGCAGUCAAGAAGGUCUCCCCAGUCCGGGAGCUGCAGCAUUCCCAACGCGACGUGUCGAGUGUUGCCCAUGGCGCCCCUGGGCGACGUAGUCCUGUCUCUCACAUCCGCCGCCGUGACACGGCAGGUCACGAAGGCAAUGAUUACCCACACAUGACGACUGGAGUUGACAAGUUGCGCCAGCAGGGAUACCUCGGAACAGGCAUUCGCGUCGCAGUAGUCGACUCUGGCGUUGACUACAAGCAUCCCGCUCUCGGAGGUUGCUUUGGCAAGGGCUGUCUGAUUGAGUUCGGUUUCAACUUCCUUGACAACAACACUGAUCCAUGGGAAGGCUACAGUGGACACGGAACUCAUGUCUCUGGACUGAUCGCUGCCCAGCCCAAUCCCUAUAACUUCACUGGAGUUGCCCCUAAUGUCACUUUGGGUCACUACAAGGUCCUCGGAACGCGGUCAGUAAACACCGGUACGGAUAUUGUCACUGCCGCCUUCAAGACGGCCUAUGAGGACAAAGCAGACAUCAUUUCUGCGUCCUUCGGCACGUACAAGGGCUGGAGCGACGAACCAUGGGGACAACUGAUCCAGCAGCUGGCCGAGGCUGGCCUUCCGUCAUUUAUUGCAAGUGGUAAUGAUGGAAGCCUGGGUAUGUUCCUAGCCUCGAACGGUAUCGACAACUCCGCCGGCAUCGGCAUCGGAUCCUUCAACAAUUUGUAUAGCCCCCUGUUGCUCACUGGAGCUGCCUAUUCUACCCGCAAUACCACCAAGGAAUUCGGAUGGCAGCUCGCGGGUACUUUCGAUUUCAAGAAUGGCACCUCCCCACUCUACCCCAGCAGCCUGAAUGCGUCCGUCGUUGCAGACCACCCUAAUCUCUCCGACAAAAUCGUCCUGAUUCGCUACGGUGGCUGCAAGGGAAGUCAGCAGCAGGCCAAUGCAGUCAAGGUCGGUGCUAAGAACAUUCUGUUUUACUACAAUGUACCAGGCACCUAUGAGCUCCCCGUUCAGGAUCCCGGUCUGGUUGGCUUGGGAAUGGUCUCUCCUCAGACUGGCGCAAACUGGGUGAAACUGGCCGCAUCUGGAGCCAACAUUACUCUGCACAUGACCAGCCAAAAGAAUUCCAAGACUUUCUUCGCCAAUGAGAAAAACCCUCAAUCUGGAAGUCAAGUCAGCGACUUCAGCCAGUGGGCUGUUUCGGGAGUCGGUGGCUUCAUGCUUUCGACAUGGCCGGUGCUUGAAGGCAAUUACGCUAUUGAUACUGGUACUUCGAUGGCCACUCCCUACGUUGCUGGUUGCAUUGCUCUCCUGAUGGAGGCUCGUGGCAAGGGCAAGGUGACACCUGCCGAAAUCAAGUCAGAAUUGUCCUCCACUGCCAACCCGAAUGUCUUCCAUGAUGGCGUUAGAGCCUCGCCCUUCCUGGCCUCCGUUACACAGCAGGGAGGUGGUCUCAUUGAUGCCUACAAGCUUGUGCACGCUACCACCAAGUUCAAUCUGAGCACCAUCGCAUUCAAUGACACCGAGCAUAUCGCGCCGGCAUACAUCCGCAUCAACAACACUGGAUUUGAAUCGCGUGUCUACUCAGUCAACCACGUGGGUGCCGCUUCUGUCUACGCAUUAUCCGACAACAGCUCUAUCCCUCAGGAGAACAAGCUCGGCAAUUUCGUGGACCGCACCACUGAAGGUGCCUCGCUCAGCUUCAGCUCAUCCAGUGUGCGUGUGGCCGCCGGUGGCUCAGCUGUGUUGAAGGUGACUGCCACCCCGCCCAAGGGACUCGUCGCCCGUCGCAUUCCCGUCUACAGCGGAUACAUCACUUUCAACGGGACCAGCACAGAGGAUUCCUUCUCGGUUCCCUACCUGGGUGUUGCCACCCUCGAUACCACCCAAGGCAGCAACCUCCUCGUCGACAGCAGCACCCAAAAAUCCAUCCAGGCCAACCACCAGUUCGUCGUUCCGGGCGAGCAUGACUCGGCAGACCGCGCCAACACAAGCUACCCCAUCUUCAAUACUCAGCUCUCCAUGGGAACGGAUCUGCUCCUGGUAGGUGUCAAGCCCGCCAAUAGCCAAGCUAUCCUCCCCGUGUAUGCUCCUCAGACAGCACUUCCCAGAAGUACCGAUGGCGUUACCGGUCCCAGCCCCACAUCCUGGAUGGGCGCAUUAGCAAUUGGAUCGUAUGUCGCGCCAGGAAAUUACUCUAUGGUUGUGCGUGCGUUGAAGAUCUUUGGUAACCGUACUAGCCCGGUUGAUUAUGAUACUGUGCGAACGGUCAAUUUUGGGAUCACAUAUACUCCUCCUGCCGACCAGUAA